UUUCAUCUGGACUAACACCUUCUUGAGGACAAUACUCAAAACAAGAACUUGCCUGGGGUGUUCUGGGAAACUGCAAAAUAAGCUUUCUUUAAACCAUUUACAGCCAUCAGUCGAUCUACAGGAAAUAAAGGAAUAUUCUGUCCCAUUAGUUUGAAACAGCAAAGUCUUUGCAGACCUACAGGAGAAUAAAUUAAAAGGUCUUCCAGCAGUUCAUAAGAGCCGAAAUAGAAGGAUCUUCAGUUCUCAUGAUAGAAUAAGAGACAAUAAAGAAAAUAAUAAGCAGUGAUUUAAGGGCUUAAGGAAUAUUUUUAUAACUCAAAUUCAAACGCAAAGGUUAAAACUGCUUCUUUGUUUAUUCUGUGGCAUUUAACUUUCUGUGCAUGUCAACAUACUGCUAAAAAAAACAUUAGAAACAGUCACAGUAUUUUUAGCCAUGAAUUACUGCUCACAUUUAUCAGCCAUGACCUUCACAAAGGCAAAGCAAAUCACUAAUAUCUGCAACUAACAAACUAAAUGACUUCUUUACCCAAGAUGUUUUCAUGGAUUAAUUGAUCCUUUAUGCUAAGAAUCAUGCAUAGAUGAUAUGAAGUGCUGGUGAACCAUGCAACAUGGAUCUGGUGAACAGCUCAUAUGAGUUCUUCCUCGUCAAUGCCACAAUCAGUCCCACAACCCUGGAGCCCUGGGAUGAAGCUACACUCCUCAGUCUUCAGAUCUCCAUCUCUGCCAUGCUAGCCAUCGUCACUUUGGCCACCGCUCUGUCCAACGCUUUUGUGAUCGCCACCAUUUUCCUCACACGCAAACUUCACACCCCUGCCAACUUCUUGAUUGGCUCUCUCGCAGCGACAGACCUCCUGGUGUCCAUUUUAGUCAUGCCAAUCAGCAUUGUGUACACGGUCAGUAAGACUUGGACCCUGGGUCAGAUUGUGUGUGAUAUCUGGCUAUCAUCUGACAUAACGUUCUGUACGGCUUCCAUUCUGCACCUGUGCGUUAUCGCGCUUGACCGGUACUGGGCCAUUACUGAUGCCCUGGAAUACUCGAAGCGUCGCACCAUGCGGCGAGCGGCACUGAUGAUCGCCGUAGUGUGGGUGAUCUCGGUUUCCAUCUCCUUGCCUCCUCUCUUCUGGCGGCAGGCAAAGGCCCACGAGGAGCUCACAGAGUGCAUGGUCAACACCGACCAGAUCUCCUAUACGCUCUAUUCCACAUUCGGUGCGUUUUAUGUUCCCACAGUCCUUUUGAUGAUUCUCUACGGGCGUAUCUAUGUGGCGGCUCGCUCCAGGAUCUUCAAAACACCGGCGACCAGUGGAAAACGGUUCACUGCUGCUCAGCUCAUCCAGAACUCGACGGGUUCUUCGCUCUGCUCGCUGAACUCCACUUCUAAUCAGGAGGGACAGCUUCAUCCGGGAGGAGGAGGAGGUGGUGGAGGAGGGUCUCCUCUUUUCACAAACAGUGUGAAAGUGAAGCUGGCUGAUAGCGUGCUGGAAAGAAAGCGUCUUUGUGCCGCUCGGGAGAAGAAGGCCACCAAAACUCUUGGGAUUAUCCUGGGUGCGUUUAUAGUGUGCUGGCUCCCAUUCUUCGUGUUCACGCUGGUGAUGGGGGUCUGUAAAGACUGCUGGUUUCAUCCUGUACUCUUUGAUGUGUUCACCUGGCUGGGGUACCUCAACUCGCUCAUCAAUCCAGUCAUCUACACUGCAUUCAAUGAUGACUUCAAACAAGCCUUCCACAAACUCACCAAGUUUAAAAGAUGCUACUGAUGUUACAUGCCUCCCAUGUGCUUUGACAGAUUCAUGACUUGGAAUAUGGUUUCUGCAGAAAAUAUCUGAAUCCUGUGAACAUUCAUCGUUCAUCUGCUGUUGAGAACCCAACGUACCUUACCGUUCGUUUUUCAGUGAGCUCUUAAAUGCACACAUAGUGUCUGGUCGAUGUAUAUAACUGUUCUCAUGAGACAGCUUGUAAAAUAUUGUGCCAUAUUGUUGAUGCUUCCUUGUAGUUUAUGAAUGCAUGCAAAGAUUAUGAAUCCUUCACUAGAGAGCAACGUUCUACCGUCUCUGUAACUAAUAGCUGUCUAUAAACUGCCUUAUUUACCAGAAACAGACUGAUAUAAAUAUGAAAGGCUAUUUAUUUAAAAAGAACACAAAUAAAUAAAGGUUGUUGUUCCCAUGGGAACGAAUAUAUGGGUCCCCUGAGGACAAAGCUGAAGUCCAUGGACAUUAGCAUAGACUCCCAAAAUAAAACUGUUCAUUAUAGAAGAUUAAACAAAGCUUUAGGUUUUUGUAUUUUUGAGUGACAGAACUUUGGUGUCAGUUUCCUCUUUAAUUUUGAUGUCAGAGUUUGAGGAGUUUUAUGAUCAUGAAGAUGAAAAACAGGCUUCAGGCUGCAUGGCUCAUUUCAGGACAUGAUGAAGCAGAAGGAGGGCAUAUAAUGAUCAAAAGUUCAAAUUCUGGAUGUACCUGAUGAGAGAGAAUGAUGUGUUUUGACACAAUGUGCAGCUUUAGCUCAUUUCUAGAAAAAAGUACUACUGAAGGAGUUUUAUGAUGUGAAGGUCAUUAUUUCAUCAAAUAUCACAAUAACGCACCUCUGACUGCAGUGGUAUAUUGAAUAAUGGCAUCCAGGAAAUUUGUCAACUUUGCCCUCCCAUCACUCUGUAUUAUGAUGAAGGUCACCCAUGUUGGUUCAGGAGUUUUUUUUUAAUAAGAAAAUACAGCAAUAACAGACCGUAGACCUGAGUCAUACAGGAAUAAUGAGCCAUAUCCCCUGAACGCAUUGCCCGCACGCUCUCAAAC